AUGGCGGCAAGAAAUCGACCGUCCUCAUCCAAAAAUAAAGAUGAUGCAAUCAUCGAAACUGCAAGUUUUUCAAAAGAUAACAGUCAAACUUUUGCUGACUUCAAAAUGGAAAUGCAUGAAAUGCAUAAAAAGUCUUUUGAAGAAAUUCAAUUAAUUAUUGCAAAUUCGAUGGAUAAUUUACGACAACCAGAAAGUCGUCGUACAGAUAAAAGACCCAUUUGUGGCCGGAAACGAGUUAUUUCUGAAUCUGAUGUCAACAACGAUAGAUCAGAAGGUGAAAUUUACGAAAAUUCAGACUCUGAUUUUCUUUUGACUCAAAAGAAGUAUAAGAUCCCGAAGUUGGAUAAAAAGAGAGCCGGGAGAGAAAAUCUGGACAUAAUACAACAAAUUAAUGAAUUGUUGGAGCAAUCUAAUGAUGAAAGAGAUCAUCAAGACCAUGAAAAAGAUGACGACUCAGAAAACGAUUUUGAAAAGUUUCUUGAACAAGAAUAUUCUGUUGUGGAUAAAGUUGGCAAUGUUUUGCCAGCAAAAGUUGCUGACAUAAUUAAACACAUGUUUAAUACUAAGCAAGCUGAUGAUCGGUCAAAAGGAAUAAUGGAAAAAUACCUGAGACCAGGGAAUACUGAAUUAUAUCCUCAAAAGAUCAAUACAGAAAUUUGGGGGCAUCUGAAAAAGGAAACCCAAUUCAAAGACAUUGACUCUUCAAAUUGA